AUGAAUGUGGUGGAGGCAGGAACACCUGAUCUAGCUCGAGGGUCGGAUAAGCUCGAUGUCCAAAAAUUGAACCGCGUGACGGAUCAGUUACACGAAGACUUGGCUCGUGAUCGGGCCCGGCGUUAUGAGCUUCAUGGCAUUGUAAAGGACAAUUACAAAUCCUUAGCGUACGAUCGUUCAAACGAUUGUGCCAUGUUUGCGCUUGCGCUGCUUGAGAACAAACGUUCCAUUCGUUCCCUUCGUGACGAGCUGACUGCAGCUCAUCAGGACAUCGCUCAGCUGCGUGAGUAG